AUGCCCGUAAGGGACAAUCACGUGCAGGGCUUCCGGCCCCCAGCUACUCGUGCGCCCGAGCUUUCGAGCUCGUUCCUGACCACGCGGGGCUGCAUGUUUCAACAUCAGCUGGAGCUACUGUCGCGAUUUGAGGUCAAGCGACAGGGAACAACAAAGGCUGGGGGCAUUCGACUGGAUCUCACCAAAGCGAUGGUGAGCAAAGCUCAAACCUAA